CUUUCAGGGUUGCAGUGAUCUUCUUUGUGUUUUUGUCACUUGUGUAGAGCUCAUGCCGACAGAGCGGUGGAGAGGAUACAAUCAACCAACAUUGAUUUUUUUUCGGCUUCUACUUCCGGGAGAGCAACUGAGAGGGAAGAUCAGUCCAAACCUUUUGCAGAAACCUUCCACAGAUAGCAAUUAUUUACAAUCUUAAACCACAAAGAGGAAAAGAAAGAGAAAUGGCCCAGAAAGAAGGAGGAGGGCGUGUUAAGACCGGGGACCAUCUUGGGGCCAAAGUCAUUGCUGGGGCUCCUACAGCCGGUGGAGGAGUGGUGGUGGAGGUCAGGGAGAAGAAGGGACCUCUGCGGGCUGCGAUACCCACAAUGCCCUUCCCUUUGGCUGUCAUCUGUCUGUUUCUGAACACCUUCAUACCUGGACUCGGUACCUUCAUCUCAGCGUUCACGGUGCUGUGUGGCGCUCGCAGCGAGCUGAUCUCAGAGCGAGGUGUUUGUUGUGUGUUUUGGCUCAACGUGGCAGCAGCACUCAUCCAGAUACUGACAGCUGUAAUCAUGGUCGGAUGGAUCAUGAGCAUCUUCUGGGGAAUGGACAUGGUCAUCCUGGCAAUUUCUGAUGGCUAUAGAGACCAGGGUCUUCCUCAGGAUGUCUGAGAGGUCACUCUCAUGUUUGCUGAUGGAUCACAAGGACAGUUUGACCUCUUUAACCUCCUUGACGCCUGAUGGUGACCUUUACCUUUGUGAUGACCUGUAGCUGUCUGUCUUUUAAAUGCCGGACCACAGAGAGAAGGAGAGACGUUCAAAUAAAUUAACCACACGGGGAAAGAAAGAAGGAAAUAAUUAGCUGACUGCAUCUGAUGGCACGCUGCUGAUUGGUCGAGGAAAAAGAGACAAGAAAAACAAUGUAUUUGUAUUUUGUCAAGUAAUUAUAAUAGCGCGUUUUGAAUUCUGUCUUUUGAUUUUUUUUUUUACCUGACGACAUGUUUCCUACAUGACAGAAGGGAAACUAGUUAAGAUAUUGAUUGGCAAAAUGUAUUUCUGUAUUUUUGGCUUGUGAAUUUUGCCAGACGAAAAAAUGGAGUAAAAAAAACAACGUUAUUUGGCUGAUAACAGUGUUUCCAGAACCAGCGUAACCAGAGCUGACGCUGCCACUGAAUUGGCUGCCACAGAUUAUUUCAGUGUUAGAUGUCACUGGAUUUAUUAGAGAGUUUGACUGUCACAUAAUCUCACAGACUUUAGAGGAAGCCUCUUGUGUAAUUUAGUGGCCUUUCCAUUGGGAUAUUGACACUUUCACGUUCAUCAAUUCUCACUAUAAAACAUAUUCCUUCUUCUCUUGUUGCCGUUUACAUGGAGUACAAAACCAUGCUGACAAUCUCUGAGCACAGAAUCAACAACUAUUCAAACCACAAACAUGGCGUAAAAACAUGUCUUGACAUAAUUAUGAUGUAGGAAUCAUUUGCAACUAAUCGAUCACUAUAGCUAUUGUAGCUACAAUAUUUUCCUUUUCAGGCAAUGUUUUACUGCAAACACAUCUUUAACACGCCGGGUCUCAGUGUUGGGAACAAGAUGCACGUCAUCCUAAAAUUAAGGGCUGUGUGAAAAAAUAUUCAUGCCUCCGGAUAAUUAUUUGAUUAGAAUUUUCAUACCUCUUAAAUGUGUAACUCAGUGUCAGAGGGAUAUUACACAUUAUUAGAACAUGGUAUCUAAUUAACAAUAUGCCACUCUGGACAAGAAUAUUCACUGACAAAGAUACAGUAACUGUAAUGUAAUUUAAGCUUGUGUCCUUUGUUUGAACAGAUAUUUUUGACUUGUUCGAUAAGGAUCAUAUUAAUACACAUAAGAGGUCCGAAACACUUGUAAAUAUUAAUAUUAAAUAUUUUUUAAUUCACCGUUUUGUUUGUUUAUUGUGUAUAUGAUAAUGUGUGGGUGUUUGUGUGCAAUAUUGUAAAUGGAGAUUAGAGAAUACAUGGUAUGGCGUCAGUACAACUUUGUGGGAAGGUUUUUAGGUCAUAAGUAAAGAUGUACAAGAGUCAAUCACAAAGUUGUAUUAUUUAACACAACUUGCCUUGGAACUAUCGAUCCAAACAAAGCCUUUCCCAUCAGCUUCCUCAUGCACUGUAUCAUUGGCUCACUUCCCUGAGAAAUAUCCAAAAAUAUCGAAAGUCAAAGAGCAUUCAACAAAAAUAAAUAAACCAGCUUAGCCUCUGCCGUAACACUAAUGGAAAUCACUCGUGAGUGUAUUCGCAGGGAGCUCAGUUACUGCUGAACAAACUGAAUGAGCUCUAACUGGAGCUAUUUGGCAAAAUGCUACUUAGAGUACACUUCGAAAACAGAAAAGCAGAUCAUUACCUCCCUGAUAUUGGACAUAUUCAGCAAAUGUUAUUCAGCAUUUCUGGAAAGAAGUAGAGAUACAUGUAUUUAUGGUGACUUCCCAAUUUUGGUCGUGCCUUUAUAGAAAUAGAGCUUGUGUGUGUAAUUCACGAUGUGAUUUUACCCUCUUCUUCUUUUGAUUUUCUACUCGUGAUGUAUCUUUGUAUUUUAUUAUCCCUGUUGGUUUAAUUAUCCUCAUCAUUUAACCAAAUGCCUUUUUAAAGAGUACUGCUGUUGGGUGACAACACCAAUGUUUUUCCGUGUAUCUGUUGUACAGUGUUUGUAUGUGAGACAGAUGAUGAUGAUGUCUGUGAUGGUGAUGAUAUUUUAUGCCUUACGAAUGUUCUCCCAGAAGUGUUUCUGUAGCAGUGAGUUUUUUUGCUUUGUGUGGGUUUGGGUACAAUUUAUAGAUCUGAAAUUAUUGUUAUUCAAACACUUUAUUAAAAUGAUGAUGGUGUUGUGCUAGCUUUUCGAUUGUAGACGAACAUACUGUCAUGUACAGUUUUCUGCAUGCAUAGCUUUGUUGUCAAGUCACUGUAUAGAGUAACACACACACACACACACACACACACACACACACACACACACACACACACACACACACACACACACACACACACACUAACCCUAUUUUAAGAUUGUAGCUUUAUUCCGUGACUUUGCAGCAUUGGUUUUAUUUUAAGGUGACUGAAACAAAAUCUUGGCAUUAAAAAACUUUGUUCUAAUUACUCAAUGCCUGUGACUGAAAUGUGCACGUUUUGGAUUUAAUGUGUAUCAUUUGAAAGGAUUCAUGAGAAGAUUGCUUUCUCCGUGAAACUAAAGAAUCACAGUUGUUUUUCAUAGCAAAAUCAGAAAGUAGCGCUUAUCCUUGCAGGAUUCAAUAUGCUCAACUUUUGUUAUUAAAUGGUGUGUGAAUUCA